UCCCGGAGCAGCUCAAAGAGUCCCGCUCCUACAUGCAGCCUUAGAACAUACAAAUCUGCGGGUUGUGAAAAGAAAAACGAGCAGAAAAAGCUCCAAAUCUGAUCCAUUAUAACAUAUUCUUUUACUGCUCCAGCAUUUGUAACAGAUCCCGAAGAUUUAUUUGCCUAUGACACACCAGUGAGAAGUUCUUAUUUAAUACUCAAUUUUCCCAUCUAAAGAAGUUCCUUUUGUGCUCUCUCCUUCUUUCCCAACGACUUCUUGAAAAUGCUUCCUACCAUACUUAGACCUCAAAUAUCAGCUAUAUCAAUUUCAAAAAUCGGUGCUUCCUCAAUUACUAAAACUGCCAUAUUUUUUCAGUUAAAUAAUUGGCAGAAUAAGUCAAUUUUUAAUAACAAUAAAGCAAAUGUAAGAAACUUUUCAAUCAAAGAAAAAAUCCAGAAAUUAAAAUUAAUAGAGCAGCCACCUGGUUAUAUCGUUGGUACUGUUAAUGAUGCAUUCAUUCCUCCACCUGCUGACUUUUAUCAUGGUGCAUAUCAUUGGAGCUAUGAAAGAAUAAUUGGUUUAACGAUGAUUCCGUUAACUAUUGCUCCUUUUGUUUCAAGCGUGGAUUAUCCAUUAAUGGAUUCAUUCUUAAGUGUUUUAUUGUUGCUUCAUUGCAACGCUGGAUUUCAAUCUUGUAUAAUUGAUUAUAUUCCCAAACGAGUUUAUGGGAUCUGGCAUAAGUUUGCAAUGAACUUAUUGCUUUUAGGGACUGUUGUCAGCAGUUAUGGGAUAUAUUUGAUGGAAACAGAAGAUAUUGGUCUAACUGGGUUAAUUUCAAAACUUUGGUCAGAAACAAACGACAACGAAUAAUAAAAGGAUGCAUGUAUUUUACAGAAAAUCCUCAAGUGUAUAUAAAUAAAUAAAACAUUCGUUACAGCUUAUCUUAACUAGUCAACCCAUUAGUGUAGAUAUCUUUGAUAUCAGAGAAAACCAAAAAUUAAAUCAAAAAUUAAAUUAAAAAGACAUCCAACAACCUCCAGUAACAUCA